AUGAAGGGUUUUCCUGACAAGGCUGUUACUUCAAACUUCUAUCUAGAAACACCUACCGAGUCAUCAACAACUGCUUUAACGUCUGAUUGUUCAGAGCAAAGACCCAGUGACAGCAAGUUAUCGAGGGCAUCCUUGUGGUCGAGCUUCUUCUCAUCUGCUUUCACGGUCUUUGAAUCAUAUCGUGAAUCACCGACCUGUGAAAAGAAGGGAGUUCAUAGCAGAAGUAAUGGUUGGACAUCAGCUGUAAAGAAAGUUGUAGCUGGUGGUUCAAUGAGGAGACUCCACGAGCGGGUACUAGGACCAACUAAAAUCGGGAUACCCACCCAAACCAGUGAUAUAUGGCUGCUGGGUACUUGCUAUAAGAUCUCAGCUGAUGGUUGUUCUGCAGAAGCAGAAGCUACAAACAAUAUUUUAGCUGAAUUUACACAUGAUAUCUCUUCAAGAAUCCUAGUUACAUAUAGGAAAGGUUUUGAUGCCAUUGGAGAUUCAAAAUUAACUAGUGAUGUAGGCUGGGGUUGCAUGGUUAGGAGCAGCCAGAUGUUGAUUGCUCAAGCAUUGCUUUGUCAUCAAUUUGGGAGAUCUUGGAGAAGAACUUCAGUUGAGUCACAGGAUCAAGACUAUAUCACGAUCUUGCAUCUUUUCGGCGAUUCAGAGGCGUCACCAUUCUCUAUCCACAAUCUUCUUCUAGCUGGAAAGGCUUAUGGCCUUGCAGCUGGAUCAUGGGUAGGGCCAUAUGCUAUGUGCCGGUCCUGGGAAACUCUGGUCCGCUCAAAGAGAGAGGAAACAGUCCCUGAGCUCUGCCCAUUUCCUAUGGCUCUUUAUGUUGUUUCUGGAGAUGAAAAUGGGGAGCGAGGUGGAGCUCCAGUUGUCUGCAUUGAAGAUGUCCAUAGAAGUUGUGUAGAAUUUUCUAAAGGACAGGUAGACUGGACACCUAUUAUUCUAUUAGUUCCCCUGGUCCUUGGACUUGACAAAGUAAACCCCAGGUAUAUUCCAUCGCUCCAGGCGACAUUCACCUUUCCUCAAAGCCUUGGCAUUUUAGGUGGAAAGCCCGGUGCUUCAACGUACAUAGUUGGUGUGCAAGAUGACAAUGCAUUUUAUCUCGAUCCACAUGAAGUUCAACAGGUAGUCAACAUCAGCACAGAUGAUUUGGAGGCUGAUUCAUCAUCAUACCAUUCCAAUGUCAUACGGCAUAUUCCCCUGGAAUCAAUCGAUCCCUCGCUUGCAAUCGGGUUCUACUGCCGAGACAAAGACGACUUCGAUGAGUUCUGUUCCUUGGCAUCCAAGCUAGCCGAAGAAUCGAAUGGCGCACCGUUAUUCACCGUGGCACAUUCCCAUCAGAAUACGUUUGUCAGCAGCUGCGAUGCCUAUCAAGAAGAUGAUGAUGAUGCAGAUGAUGGACAUGGUGGGGACGAAUGGCAACUGCUCUAA